AUGAUGAAUUUUGCAACAAGAUCAGUACUUAGAGGAUCUAUUAAAGUGAAUAGAUUAUAUACAGCUUCAGCAUCAUCAUCGUCAUCAACAAGAAUACCAAGCGGUUUUGCAUCUGCCACUUCAUCAAAAUCAAAUUCAUCCACAAAAUCAUCACCAUCACCAAUCAAUUCUUUCAAUAAUAAAACUAAUAACAUUUUUAAGAGUAAUGCUACCAAUAACAGUAGUCUUGCUUUUGGUAUCGUCGAAUUCAUGGUAUUCAAUGGUAUGAUUUCAACAAUAACAACCACCACAUUUAAUAAUAAUAAUAAUAAUAAUAAUAAAUAA